CGUUAGUUUUCUUCACCCUGUUGUACGUCAACGUUGGAUAUGAAGCAGAUGCAAAUGUUAUGUCCAUGUUGGAUUUCCGCUACCUCCAUUGUAUUAUGAAAAGGGACAACCAGUGUCCUAGUUCCGAAAUUAACUUCUUUUUGUACACCCCAGAAUUUCCAAUAAACCAAUGGAUAGACAUGCGCACAAUCAGGAAACUACCCUACCGAGGAUGGAAGGCUUCGAGGAAGAAUGUGUUUAUCGUCCACGGCUUCAAUGGAACCCACUCCAAAACUCCUAUGACAUUCCUUAGAGAUGCCUACCUGUCUCGGAAGGAUUACAACGUGUUCAUGGUAGACUGGUCGCCUCUCAGCCGCUUCCCAUGCUACCUGUCCGCACUCUCUAAUAUGAGACUAGCAGCCCAGUGCACUGCCCAACUCUAUUCGUACCUGACCCAGUACGGAGCUAAGGCCAAGGGUAUAACUUGCGUGGGCCAUUCCCUGGGCGCCCACGUCUGCGGUAUGAUGUCUAAGCAUCUAACCGAGAAGCAGUACAAAAUUGUUGGCCUAGACCCCGCUCGCCCUUUAAUAUCAGAGUAUGGGUCCAGCCAAUUUCGAUUAGGACGAGACGACGCGUACGUGGUCCAGGUACUACACACAAAUGCCGGAUUCCUGGGAGAAACUGGUCUGGUAGGACAUGCAGACUUCUGCAUCAACGGCGGACGAAUGCAGCCAGGGUGUGCCAGGCAGGGACCUAAUUUGAUGCGUGUAGCCCGCUGCAGCCACUUCAUGAGCUCCUGCUACUUCGCGGCCAGCGUCCGCCGGCGUCUGAAGGUAGUGGGCGUGCCCUGUGACACCACCUGCCCCAAACAGGGGCGGUGGGGACUCAACUUCUCGCGGAAACCACUCCUGUUGGGUGACGAGAUGCCUGAAUCGUCAAGAGGAAUGUACUGCGUCGAUAUGUCGGACCACGUGGAGAGUUGUCCAUUUGAGUAGAACAAGUUUAGUUUAAUUUUACUCGUCAAAGGUUU